UUUAACCAGCAUCUCCGCACAACACACAGACCACUUCCUCUCCUCAUCGCUUUCUCGAACCCGGCCCCCAACAGUCGCAAGCGAUCUCACCUCGCGGCGAACUCAAUCUAACAUCAGCCCAGCCGAUUGCUUGCCAAUAUAAUCGAUGCACCACCACCAUCACAGCCAGGGAUGGUCUGGUGACUACUCCCGUCAACAAUCAUGGCCUCAUCCCCCGCCAUCCCAAUACCCAUAUUCGCCAAACGGACAAUACUACCCUCCUCACGGCCCUCCGCCAACCUCUCAUUACGGUCCUCCUCCGGGUCCUCCGCCCACUUCGCAUUAUGGUCCUCCUCCAGGCUCUCCGCACGCUUCGCAGUACAGCCCUCCUCCAGGACCCCCUCCAUCCCGCCGUUACACGGGUGGCUACCCGUCCCCAUCGCCAUCGCCUUACGGUCAAACCCAUACCCCUACGCCACCGCCUCAGUCGUCCUCGCCAAGCGCACGUUCCUACAACAACCAGUCGCCUUCAUUGAACUCCAAUCUCCCCCCACGGCCGCCCCAAGAGGCACAACACUUUGGUAGCGGAGCACCGUCCAACUACCGCUUCCAGUAUUCCAACUGUACCGGUCGGCGCAAGGCACUGCUGAUCGGAAUCAACUACACUGGACAACCGAAUGCUCUACGCGGAUGCAUCAACGAUGUCACCAACAUGUCAACUUUCCUCUGUACAAAAUACGGAUAUCGCAGGGAGGACAUGGUCAUCUUGACCGACGAUCAGAAGAACCCGAUGAGUAUUCCGAACAAGGCUAAUAUCCUCAAGGCCAUGCAAUGGCUGGUGAAGGACGCGCAACCCAACGAUUCCCUCUUCAUCCACUUUUCCGGACACGGUGGUCGCACGCCCGAUCUUGACGGUGAUGAGGAAGAUGGCUACGACGACGUCAUCUACCCCCUGGACUACCGUACGGCAGGACACAUUGUGGACGACGACAUGCACGACAUCAUGGUCCGUCCUCUCCGUCCCGGUGUCCGUCUUACCGCCAUCUUCGACUCCUGCCACUCCGGAACCGCUCUCGAUCUCCCCUACGUCUACUCCACGCAAGGUGUCCUGAAGGAGCCGAAUUUGGCCAAAGAAGCCGCCAUGGAUCUCUUCAGUGCCAUCAACUCCUACGGCAAAGGCGACCUCAGCAGUGUCGCGCAAACCGCCAUCGGCUUUUUCAAGAAAGCCGCCAAUGGCGACACCGCCAGACAGCGGACCGUCAUGACCAAGACCUCACCCGCAGACGUGGUCAUGUUCUCCGGCUCCAAGGACACCCAGACAUCGGCGGAUACAUUCCAGGACGGAGAAGCCCGCGGCGCUCUCAGUUGGGCAUUCAUCAAAUCCCUGCAGCAACAAUCGCAACAGAGCUACCUGCAGCUGCUGAAUUCGAUCCGCAAUGAGCUAGAGGGGAAAUACACGCAGAAGCCGCAGCUGAGCUGCAGUCAUCCUUUAGGUGGGUGCACCGCAUCAAUAAACACUAUUGCUGGUAGUUUUGGGACGUGAUUACUAACAGAUCGUCGCAUAGAUACCAAUUUGCUUUUUGUGAUGUGAGACGAUCACGCGAUAUGAUGCAUAGUGAGAGUUCUUGUUUUGUUGAUGCAUUUACAAAUUCUCAAUUUCAUAAAGCUUUGAACUGUGGGAUUGGAUAUUUUACCGAGUAUGAUGAUUGUAUAAUCGUGGU